AUGAUCGACUCUGGCGGCGAUGACGACAACCUCAUCGACGGUGGAACCUUGGCCUUACCACAGGAGCCAAGAAAGCGGAAAACCAAGAAGAGUAUGAAGUCAACAGGCACCUUAAAACCUGCCCAGACACAACAACAUAAGCUGACCCAAUCUAUUAGUGCACCUGACAUGGAAAACCUUUUGAAAAAGUAUCGCGGUCUUGCCGCUGAUGAGGAGGAUGGGGUUGGAAUAGAUGUCGCCAAGUUCUUACAAGAAGACGCCUUGGAGAGCGAAGACGAAGAAGACAGUGUAACCGCAGAUGAUCUGAUGACCUCGUUAUUGGCAGCAAAGAACACAGUUCCCCAGAAGGCAGUGGAGAGGACGCCAGAUGCCCCGUUGGUGAGCCUCAACGAUGAGAUCUAUGCGUACGACAAAAAACCGGAGUCUCGGAAGGUUGCCGUCAACAAAAAACAUCACGAGCACCGGGAUGAAGCCAAUUAUCUUGUUAACGAUACAUUUUCAAAAGAUCUAAAGGUUGUGACUGAACUACCAACGACGACGCCAAGUACGGUGAAGCAGACUUCUGACACGCCGACUGAGGAAUGCACAUCCAGUGGGCUGUUUUAUUGGUUUGAUGCUAAAGAGCAGCCCCACACCUCAUCGGAACCUGGCACCGUAUUUCUCUUUGGAAAAAUUUCCGAAACAAAGGGCGCAGAGGUUAAAUUUCGUUCUUGUUGCGUCAGGGUCAAGAAUGUUUGCCGGUGCACGCUUUUGCUUCCCAGGGAGGGUUCAUCUGACGCGGAUGUUAUACAAGAGAUAAAUAGCGUGUGUCAAUCCCAUGGUAUAGGAGAGCGCCGGGUACGGUUUGUGGAGCGCUACUAUAGCUUUGAUGAACCUGGUAUUCGGCGCGAGAAGAAUCGGUGGGCAAAACUCCGUUUUCCGGGUAAAUAUCCAUGCUUUCCCGCGAAGGGGGAAUUUAAGCACAUUCAAGCUGUGAUGGGUGCCUCCCGUUCCUUACUUGAGCUUUUCCUGAUCAAGAAAAAACUCAUGGGGCCCUUAUACCUUCGUAUGGAUGAUUUUGCACUUGCAACAGACCGUGUAUCUCAUUGUGAAGUGGAAUACGUAGUGAAUUCUCCAAAGAAUAUUAAGGUUGAUGAUGCGCCGAGACCCUCGCCGCCCUUUACACUUGCCAGUAUCCAACUGCAUACCCAGUUGGAUGCCAAAGGUGUAACGAAUGAAGUGGUCGCCGUGUCGAUUGCUAUCUAUCGUAAUGUUAACAUUGAUGGCGGCAUGAAAGCAGAGGUCUCAGAAUGCUUUACAGGCGUUCGACAGAUUUCCUCCGAUGCAGCUUUACCGCUAAGCUUGGAAGCCUAUUGUCAGUCAAAAGGCUUACCUGGAGUACGCUCUUUUGGAAAUGAAAGAGCUCUACUCACAUGGAUAGCCUCAACGCUAGGGAAUUUGGACCCUGACAUCGUCGUUGGGCAUAAUUUUAUUGGAUACACCAUUGAAAUCCUUUUGAAUCGCUACCACGAACUGAAUAUACCUCAAUGGUCUACAAUUGGGCGUCUUGAUAUAAAACGCUUUCCGCGUUCACAGCAUGGAAACGCUAAUCUGGCAAACGAAAAGGAGGCAUGUAUAGGACGUCUUGUUGUUGACACAUAUCUUCUUUCUAGAGAGUACUACAAGAGUACAAACUACAAGCUGGCGUCGCUAACGACGCAAAUGGGCAUUUCAGGGAUUACAGAUGGUCGUGGUUCUUUUGAGCCUGGAGCAACGGUCCUGGAAAAGGGUAGCAUGACAUCCUCCAAAGACUUGUUUUACGUUCUUUUGCAGCUUCUUAAUUACGCGGUACUUUCUCUGAGGGUGGUCGCCUUUCUUGAUGUGAUUCCACUUACCAAGCGGCUAACAACAUUGGCAGGCAAUUUAUGGAGCCGAACUUUGUAUGGGGCGCGUUCAGAGCGAAUUGAGUAUCUUCUUUUGCAUGCAUUUCACGAUCUUAAGUUCGUGACACCGGACAAGAAGCGAUUUGAUGGAAAGCGCGGACGACACGACGUGGAUGAUGAAACUAAGCGCAAAACUAAAUACCAAGGUGGUAUGGUGUUGGAACCCAAGACUGGACUCUACUCUGACUAUAUUCUGCUUCUGGACUUUAAUUCGCUUUAUCCGUCCCUCAUUCAGGAGUUUAAUAUCUGCUACACCACAAUUGACCGGGAUGAGAACACGGUGUCUGCCGAGAUUCCUCCGCCGGAGAGUCUUAUUUGUUCUUCUUGCGCGGCUGCGGGGUUGCCGUCCCCGUGCUCGCACAAGUGUGUCUUACCAAAAGUCAUUCGGGGCCUGGUGGAAAGCAGACGAGAAAUUAAGCGUUUGAUGAAGACCGAAAAGGAUCCAAGCAACCUUGCGACGUUGGAGAUUCGUCAGAAGGCUCUGAAGUUGACGGCGAACAGUAUGUAUGGCUGUCUGGGUUUUGAACACUCCCGCUUCUACGCUCAGCCGCUUGCCGAACUUGUUACGCGACAGGGCCGUAUUGCGCUACAGAACACCGUUGAGUUGAUUCCACAAAUCUCACCGUCGUUACGUGUUAUUUACGGUGACACGGACUCAGUCAUGAUUCAAACCGGUAUAAAAGACAACAUCAGGAAUGUGCGGGAGCUGGGUUUUGAGAUCAAGAAUAAGGUUAAUCAGCGCUACCAAAGUUUGGAGUUGGACAUUGACGGGGUUUUUAGAGCCAUGCUUCUGCUUAAAAAGAAGAAGUAUGCGGCAUUAAGCGUUGUGGACUGGCAAGGGGAAGGCACAACCUACAAGAAGGAGAUAAAGGGUUUGGAUAUGGUCCGCAGGGAUUGGUGUCCGCUUUCUCAGAAGGUCUCGGAGGCGGUGCUGAGCCGCGUUUUGAACGCCGAGGCGGGCGAAGACAUACUGGACUACGUCAUGACCCACAUGAAAACGGUUGCCGAUGAUGUGCGGGCGGGUAAUCGUUACCCCCUUGAAGACUUUGUCAUUUCAAAGAGUUUAACAAAGGAGCCUGAGACCUACCGUGGCACGGCGUUUCCCCACGCCUCGGUGGCGCUGCGCAUGAAGCAGCGCAAGGAAAACGUCCGCGUCGGCGACCUCAUCCCCUACGUCAUUUGCGAAGGUGAGCACCUCAAUGACAAGGCGUACCACGUGGAUGAGGUGCGGCGAAGCAAGGGCCUCCGCAUUGACCUGGAGUGGUAUCUGGCCUCGCAGCUGUACCCUCCUGUGAUGCGCUUGUGUGAGCACAUCCAAGGAUUUUCGCCGGAGCAGUUAUGUGAGGCCAUGGGAGUUGCCUGCCACGUGCGAACAGAGCGGGAAAUUCAGGAGACGUUCACCGUGGACGACUUUUCACAUUGCUCCCUAUUUAAGAGUAGAGAGCUCUCCGAGUGCUUCCCCACCGCCGUGCCCCUUCAGGUGCAAUGCACGCGCUGCCACCAGGUUGUUCCCAUCGAUCCGCACAAGUACAUAAGUGACAUGGUUCAGGACCCCAAGCGGCCUCUUCCUAGUGUACCCUUUGAGCUGUACGCGUGCGUGAACUGCGGCCAACCCCUCUCCCUCGCAUACCUGGCAAAUUGUCUGACGCAGAUGUGCCACAACAUAAUUCAGCAGUUUUACAUCUCCGGCGGGAAUGCCGCGGCGGUGCGAGCUGUGCGAACACAGUUCACCUAUUUUCGAGCCCUGUUUGACGUCCCACACGCCCCUGGAUGCUCUCCAGUCAUUAAAGACGUUCACCGCAACCUUGCGCUGCGUUGCCUUGGCACGGACCAAAAACUGUACACACUCUCUGGCGCGGCCUCUGCCUUGGAUGUGGAGCCGGUGGAUCACUUGUUCUUCUGCGCCGAUAGUUUUUACAAGAGAAUAGACCAUUUGUUUGUAAGCAUUGACAAUUUAUUCGCCUCCAUGUGA